GCAGAGUAGUCGGAGGUGAGUGUGUUUAAAUUUAAAAGUGAGUGCUCGUUUGGUCACAAUUAAUAACUAAAGUGGUAAUCUCGUCCUAGACAAUACGCAAGAUAAGUUAGGCCGCCCCUGUUGUAAAUAUUGGGAUAAUGGAGAUGCGGCAAUUAGGCAAGGACUAGGUAGACCUCGUCGGAGUGGCACAACGGUACACCACUAGCACCCGAAUCGAUACAAUUCCGGCACCAGUUGUGAACAUUCUUCAAGUUUAGUAGCCAGCGCGACCGAUACACAACACAAUUUCAUCUAAUUGCUGGAUCUGUAAACUGUUUCAUGAUUGUUAACUGACAACAGCUGGUCGAUCAGUCUGGAUUCGUGGGGCUACCGUCACCAUGCGGGAGACAAGUGUGGCUGAAAUGUUCAGGGGAACUCUCCCCCAGCUGAUUGCUGUUGUUACUGGUACCCUGAGUGCAAUAUCCGAUGGCAUGCAAUACGGUUGGUCGGCUCCCUUGAUCCCGGUGCUGCAGUCCGAAAACACCCCCGUCAAAAUCACCGAAUCCGACGCCGUAUGGCUGGAGAACAUCUACAUGAUCGGGGGCAUGGCAGGUCUACCCAUAACCAUCUACUGCGUCGACAGAAUAGGCCGGCAAAAAACAAUCAUAGGCGCUUGCAUCACCAACCUAAUCGCCUGGAUCAUCAUCGCCGUCGCGAAUUCCGUGGAAUAUCUCCUCGUGGCGAGGUUCUUAACGGGUUUAGCCGGCGACGUAAACUUCGUCGCCGCCCCCAUGUACAUAGCCGAAAUUGCCGAUCAGAAAAUCAGGGGAUUCCUCUCCGGUAUUAUCUACUUAAUGAUGCUUUUAGGAAUAUUAGUAAUUUAUUCCGUGGGGCCGUUCGUCCCCGUUUACGCGUCGUGUGUCGUGGGGGCGGCGCUGCUGGUCUUCGAGCUCCUCACCUACCCCUUCAUGCCCGAGUCGCCCUACUACCUGCUCGGCAAGGGCAAGUUCGAGAAGGCGCAGAAGUCGCUGCGCCGCCUCCGGGGCACCAUGGACGUGGAUAAAGAGCUCCAGGAGAUCUCGCAGGCCGUGGAGCGGCAGCGCAGCGAGCGCGGCCGCCCCCAGGACCUGCUCCUAAUCAAGAGCAACCGGAAGGCGCUGCUGAUUAUGAGCGUGCUCAACGGAGCUCAGCAUUUCAGCAGUAUUAGUGUGAUAUUAAUGAAUUUGCACAAGAUCCUCGAGGCGGCGGGAUCGAUCUACAUUAACUCCAAGGCGGCGGCGAUCAUUUUCUCGGCUGUGAUGCUCAUUUCGGCGUCAUCGGCGUCGUUCGUCAUCGAUAAAUACGGCCGCAAGAUUCUGUUGACGACGUCGAGUUUGCUCACGGGGUUGUCGUUGCUGGUCAUCGCGAUCUACUUCCACCUGCAGAGCUGCGACGUGGACGUGGCGGGGGUGAGCUGGAUCCCGAUCGUGUCGGUGAUGGUGUACGCGGCGGUGUUCAAGUUCGGGUUGGGGAUGGUGCCCAUCGUGAUGACGGCGGAGCUGUUCCCGGCUAAAGUCAAAGCGAUGGGGAUGACCCUAUCGGACUUGAUGUACCUAGCUUUCGGGCUGAUUUCGAUCGAGUUGUACCACAUACUGAGCGAAAAGUACGGGAUUGAAGUUCCUUUUUAUUUGUUUGCCGCUUCUUGCCUGCUCACGGCGGCUUUUUGUGCCUUCGUUAUACCAGAAACCAAAGGGAAGACUCUGGAUGAGAUCCAGUUCGUGUUGAAAGGAGAGCCGUAUCCAGGGCCGGUCGUCGAAAAUGGAAUCAAAAGCAACGAAUCUAUUGAUAGUAAAAAUGGCGAAGUUACGAGGUUAUGAGAGUCGGCGGUGUGAGGUAUUUUUUUAGUAAAAUCGACAAUAGGAGAUGGUGGACAAGCGAUGAAGAAGUUCCUUGGGACGACGACUGAUUUCAACGAUUGUAAAUUGUACCUUAAUAUAUUGAUCUUUCGAAGGAUGCAUUCCUUUACGCUGCUGCUGCUGCAUUUACUAGCUAGUAUUAAGAUAAGAAAUACAUUGUGAUUUAGAUUAGUAAGAUCAUACCAUAUUUUCAACUAGAUAGUCAAUUGAUACGUUGUUUUCCCGUAACCAACUUAAUAUCAAAUUUGUGAUCUGGAGUUAUGGGGAGACUUUAGAAUAUCUAUUUUGUAUACAUAAUUCAAACGUCUUUUUUCGUAAGCUUGAAAACAUUAAAGAUUCUAAACCGA